AUGGCUUUACAUCAGUUUGAUUAUAUUUUUGCCAUAGCGAUGUUAUUUGCAUUUUUGGACGCCUUUAACAUCGGGGCGAACGACGUUGCGAACUCUUUCGCGUCGUCUAUUUCUUCUAGAUCUCUAAAAUACUGGCAAGCCAUGGUUUUAGCGGGCCUCUGUGAGUUCUUGGGUGCUGUUCUGGCAGGUGCUAGAGUUUCUGGUACCAUUAAGAAUAAUAUCAUAGACUCCUCUAUUUUUACCAAUGAUCCUGCUGUUUUAAUGCUUACUAUGACUAGUGCUUUGAUUGGCUCAUCAUGUUGGUUAACAUUUGCUACUGCAAUCGGAAUGCCAGUCUCUACCACACAUUCUAUUGUUGGUGGUACAAUUGGUGCUGGUAUCGCGGCCGGUGGAGCUAACGGUGUUGUUUGGGGUUGGAGUGGUGUUUCUCAGAUUAUUGCGUCGUGGUUCAUUGCUCCAAUCUUAGCGGGCGUGAUUGCUGCUAUAGUUUUCUCAAUUUCUAGAUUUUCUGUCCUUGAGGUUAAGUCCUUGGAGAGGUCGAUUAAGAAUGCUUUACUGCUGGUUGGUGUUUUAGUAUUCGCCACUUUCUCUAUCUUAACAAUGUUAAUUGUCUGGAAGGGUUCUCCAAAUCUACAUUUAGACGAUUUAUCUGAAACUGAAACUGCAGUGUCUAUCGUUCUCACAGGCGCAAUCGCUUCGAUCGUUUACUUCAUUUUUUUCUACCCAUUUUACAGAAGAAAGGUUUUAGACCAAGAUUGGACUCUAAAGUUGAUUGAUAUUUUCAGAGGUCCAUCUUUUUACUUCAAGUCCACUGACGAUAUUCCUCCAAUGCCAGAAGGCCAUCAACUAACAAUUGAUUAUUACGAGGGUAGAAGAGAUCUUGGAACAACUGUUUCCGUUGAAGACGAAGAAAAUAAGGCAGCCAGUAACUCUAAUGAUUCCGUUAAAAACAAAGAAGAUAUUCAGGAAGUGGAUUUGGUUAGAACAGAAACUGAACCAGAAACAAAGCUGUCAACUAAACAGUACUGGUGGUCAUUAUUAAAGCAAGGACCUAAGAAGUGGCCUUUGCUAUCUUGGUUAGUCAUUUCUCAUGGUUGGACUCAAGACGUUAUUCAUGCUCAAGUUAAUGAUAGGGAUAUGUUAUCCGGUGACCUGAAAGACAUGUACAAGAGAUCAAAAUUCUACGAUAAUAGGGUAGAAUAUAUCUAUUCAGUUCUCCAAGCUAUUACAGCAGCUACUAUGUCCUUCGCUCAUGGAGCUAAUGACGUUGCCAAUGCUACCGGUCCCUUGUCUGCUGUUUAUGUGAUUUGGAAAACUAAUACUAUCGGGGCUAAGUCAGAAGUUCCCGUAUGGGUAUUAGCUUAUGGUGGUAUUGCCUUAGUUAUUGGUUGCUGGACUUAUGGUUACAAUAUUAUCAAAAACUUGGGUAAUAAGAUGAUUUUACAGUCUCCAUCAAGAGGUUUCUCAAUUGAAUUAGCUGCUGCUAUUACUACUGUUAUGGCUACCCAACUAGGUAUCCCUACAUCAACUACUCAAAUCGCUGUUGGUGGUAUCGUCGCCGUUGGUUUGUGUAACAAGGACCUCAAAUCAGUUAAUUGGAGAAUGGUGGCCUGGUGUUAUUCUGGUUGGUUUUUAACUUUGCCAAUUGCCGGUUUGAUUGCCGGUAUCAUAAAUGGUAUCAUUUUGAAUGCUCCUCGCUUUGGCGGAGAAUACCAAAUGACAUAA